UCUUGUCUUAUAUAUUUGCUUCAUAACAUCCUGGCAUCAGUUGACAAAAGUCACUGAAGGGGAAUCAACCAAUCAACAGCAACACACUUACUAAUACUUGUUGCUCGCGCUUUCUUACAACUACCUUUGUGCCUCUGUGUGUGCGCGCGCACUCCAUAAAUUACUCCUCAAACAGGUUGGACCGGGACACACCUGCAGAGAGAAGAAGAAAGGAACUUUGUGUGGAUCGAAGGGACUCCAUCUUUGAACUCGGAGGACGACGGACGGACAGAAGAGCAGCAGGAGGAAACUUUAUCUUUUGUCAGUUUUUAAUUUAUUUAAACCCAACCAUGAAUAUGUGGAUUGUGCUCGUGCUUGCUGCGCUCGCGGCGGGAGCCUCUGCACAAAGUUGUGAGUAUUUUACUUUACAUAGACAUAUUAAAACUUGCAUUUCCCUGCUUCUACUACCCAAACGUUGGGGGAUUGAUAAUAAGUCCAGUCAUUUUAAGGACUUUUUCUCGGGUUUGUCCUUUUUAAGGGCAUUUUCGAUUUAAAAUUUACAUUUAUUUGCAAAAUAUUUUACAUUCCAUUGCUGUUUCCAGUGAUUUAUCGUUUAUAAUAACGAAAGAUGUUAAAACUGUAUGAAAGCUGUUUGUGGUUUGCUUGGUUGUUGGGUGGGGGUUGGGAGGAUUUGUCCUACUCCUUGGGGAAACCAACGCCCAGGUGUUUGACAAACCUGCUUGUCUACCUGCUGUGCCCUCUCUUUAUAGGGCUGUUCAACAGACACAACAGUCAACUUACUUUCACUGAAUCUUUGAGUUAAUCUACAUGGACUUAUGUUGUCAUUCUAAAGCCUGAAAUGCAUAAAAGUUGGAGGCUUUGGUCUACCUAUCCUAAUCAUAUUAAUUUGGUUUUAAAGAGCAAGGAAGCUUGAAAAACAGCUUUGCUAAACCUCGAGAUGAUAAAUGUUAGUGUAAAUAGUUGUUGAUAUUGAUGUUAAAGUAACGUGUGAAUGUGUUUCUAACAACAGGUUCAUGUGCAACCAUGAAGUGGGCCACUUGUGAUGGGACUCCAUGUCAGUGCACCAUCUUGGUCGGCGCUAACAUGAAACAAACGCUGAAGUGCGAUGCCUGUAAGUACCAGCUUUCAUCAUUUCAUUAUUUCACACAGAUAGUCCUAUAGGUUAUUUUCUCUGAUUUCUCUUCCUCUCGUCUCUUCUUUUAGUGAUCCCUAAAUGCUUCCUGAUGAAGGCUGAGAUGUACAGAGCCAAAAAAGGCCUGGACACCCGUACAAUUGGAGGAAAACCAGUGGAGACAGCCUUUGUGGACAACGAUGGUAUCUACGACCCUGACUGUGAGAAUGAUGGCAAAUUCAAGGCAAAGCAGUGCAACAACACCGAGGAGUGCUGGUGUGUCAACAGUGCAGGUGUUCGCCGCACAGACAAGGGGGACAAGAACCUCAAGUGUGAGAAGCUGGUGGAGACUUAGUGAGUAUUCAAAUCUCGGACCACUCUCUCUCUCUCUCUCUUUUUUUUUUUUUAAAUACUUCUGAAAACACACAGGUUACACACUCACACUACACACAAAACAGUACUUAAGGUCUAAACCAGAUGGACAACUUAAGCACAGACCAUGUGGGUGUGGACUGAAGUUUGUUGGACCUUUUCAACGAUUACAGAUGGCAGCUCUUUCACUUUAGACACAAAAGAAGGUCCUAACUUUAGAAAAAAAUACUCAUUUAAUUGUCAAAAGAGUUAAAAAAAAAAAAAGUGACCCUGAUAUAUUUUUUUUAUUCUUUUCACACCACGAGGUCACUUAUCACAGAAGUAUUAUUUCCUAUUUCAUGUCAAAGAGACUCUUUUCUUGGGCGGAGUUACGUUUGUAGGGCCAAGUUUAAUUCUUACGUUUUUAUUUUUUUUACUCCAGCUGGGUUCGUCUUCAGCUCACACACAAACCAGUGGAUGGGGAGGUGGAUGAAACCAAGUUGAAGGAGUAAGUUUAUUUACUUUUUACGUUACUUUGUUUGAUAACUUAACAGAGUCUAUUGAAUACAUCAUAUACAUACAUCAUUUUAACUGUCUUCUCCUCUUUUACAGUGCCAUUGCCAAUGCAAUCAACAAACGUUACGCCGGCUUCGACAAGAAGUUUGUGGACUCCAUUGAGGUGAGUUGGCAAACAUGCAUUACUGUGUCACUUCUCAAUAAAUGGUAAAUACUUGUGGCAGAACAAAAUCAAAUAACUCUGUUAUAUUAUUCUGCAGUAUGACAAAGACAGCCGCAUGAUUGUUGUGGAUGUGAAGAAGCCAAAAGGAGAAAGAAAGACUGACCUGACCAACAUGGCCUACUACAUGGAGAAAGAUGUAGGUUAAUACAUCAACAUGAACAUUUGGCUUUGAUUUAGAGAGCGUUACAUUGGUUGACCAAACUCUUCUUCUUCCCUCAUGCAGGUGAAGGUUCUGCCUCUGUUCAAGGAUCAGGAGAAGUUUGAGCCGAUGGUGGGUACCAAGAAGCUGGAGAUGGAGAAAAUCCUGGUGUACUAUGUGGAUGAGGAGGCCCCCACCUUCACCAUGAAGAACCUGUCUGGUGGUAUCAUCGCUGUUAUCGUGGUGGUGGUGCUGGCUGUGGUCGCCGGACUGCUGGUCCUGGUAAGGAGAAUAUUUUGUGUUUUAUUUUUUGUCCUUUUUUGACCAAAGGUUGUUGUCAGCUGUAAACCGAGAUUGAGUCAUAAUUCUCCUGUUUGUGUGUUUUAGUUCCUUGCCAGAAGGCGUCAGAAUCAGCGGUACAACAAAGCCCAGGUGAGAGGAACUUCUAACAACCUUUCUGUGUCAUUGUAUUUCUCAACAUUAUACAAUAGCGCUUUUGUUUAACUUGGGCUUUUUUUUUUCCUACUCUAGCAAAGAGAGAUGGAUCCCAUGUAAGGUCUCAUCUCAGCAGGAGAGUCUGGAGAUUCAGCUUGUACAUCACCUCUUUGGAUUGACUUCAUUGCAGUGGGACGGUGCCAUUUUCACCAUAUACUUGAGGAUUGUAAAAUGUAAAGGAACAAUCAACUUGCUUUUAUUGUUUUUUAUGUUGUCAGCACUCCUGGAAAGACCAUUUAUUUAUGAAAUGUGUAAAGUCUUAAAACCAUCAUCCAAUCUGUAUGCCAUAAAGAACUGUGCUUUUACAAACAUGCCGCAUUUUUAUGUCCAAAGUUUUAAAGUCCAUGUCAUAGAUUGUACAGUUUCUUUCUUACUAAUGUGUGUUUGUUGGAUUAUUUUUAAUAAAAUGUGUUUUAAAAGACUCCCAUAGUGGUGAAGCCAUCUUUCUUUGUACUGUGAGAUGUUUUCGUGUCUUGUUCACAGUGGAAAAGUACUGUAUAUACGAUGGGGGAGGGGGAUUGGCAAGAGGGAAUUAAAGAUUGCGUUUCACUCUUAAUACUGAAACUUCAGUCACACUGACACUUGCUUUGAAAUGACAAACACAUUGAUGUAAUUUCCUUUGAAUGCAUUUAGUCUCUAAUAAGAUGGCUGGUGUGAUCAUGGGGAUUACUAUGGGGAUACUAUUGUUUACACAAGGCAGGUUGAGUGGAGGUUUUUCACUCAGGUGAGUUUCUGGAUGGGUGUGGCAGCUCUGCUCUGAAUACAUCAA